UUUCUGAAGUACGGAGGUGCCCCAGGAGGACCAGCAUUCCCUGGACAAGCUCAGGAUCCUUUGUAUGGUUAUUUUGCUGCAGUAGCUGGGCUGGAUGGACAAAUAGAUGCUGAUGAGCUACAGAGAUGUCUGACCCAGUCAGGAAUCGCAGGAGCGUAUAAACCUUUCAACUUAGAGACUUGCAGACUCAUGAUCUCAAUGCUGGAUAGAGAUAUGUCUGGUACACUGGGAUUUAAUGAGUUUAAAGAACUCUGGGCUGUUGUCAAUGGCUGGAGACAACACUUCAUGAGUUUUGACAAUGACAGAAGUGGCACAGUGGAUCGCCAAGAACUAGAGAAAGCCUUGACAAAUAUGGGAUUUAGAUUGAGCCCACAGGCAGUGACAGCAAUCACAAGGCGAUACAGCACCCGUGGAAAGAUUACAUUUGAUGAUUACAUUGCCUGCUGUGUAAAACUCAGAGCUCUCACUGAAUGUUUUAGAAGAAGGGAUGCAUCUCAGCAAGGUUUUGUGAACUUCCAGUAUGAUGAUUUCAUACAAUGUGUAAUGAGCAUCUAAGUUGAAAAGAAGGAAGCCGUGGAUCAUGAUGAUUACCAUUCCAGUUUCUUUUGCUUUGCCAGAAGUUACCAUGAUUGUGUAUCUUAAUAUUGUAAUUUUCAUAUUUUAUGAAGUUACUGAAUUAUGCACUUGCCUUUAUUUAGUUUUAAUAAUGAAUAUAAACUAAAAAUGUACUGUCAUCUUUAACUUUCAGCCUCUGACUAUUAAAGAUUUUUUAUUUUACAUAAACUUGUAAGUCACUAUGUAGAACUCAAAUUAUGUAGACAGUAAACUUUUCUGUAAUGUGUUUACUUCACUAAAACCGGUUCCUGGAGAGCAACUUAACUCGUUUCUGACUUGAACGGUAUCAUGUGGCUGGUGAUAAUAUAUAAGAUGAUACAUAUUCUUUUGUCUUUGACAGUGUAAGACAGACGUACAAAUAGAAGGAGUGAGCUUUUGGAAUCAUCGUUUUACUGUGAUCUGUUAGAACAUCAGUAAAUUGAAGUCGCUUGUUUUGACAGCUAGGCAUUUUUGGGAUGAAGUCAGUGGUACCAGGCGCAAAGUGUAAAAUGACCGUAUUAGAACGUCUUGUAAGCAGGGCUGUGUAGAACCAUAGCACAGAACUAGAACCCUUUCAACAGGGUGAACUUGUGUAUGGUGCUUUUAUUCCAGAAAGAUUAUCAUUCUGUUUGUGUCGAUAUAUAAAACGCUUCUAAAUGUUUUAAAAA